CAAAAACAAACAAGUGGUGAAAUCGCAUUCAUUCAUUUCAUUUCAUUCAACUGUUUGUCUCCACACUGUUCAACUUCUCAAACAAAACAAAACCCUUUCUUUCCUUUUGUCUUCGUUCGUGCGUGCGCUUUCUAUUUUCCCGCUUCUAUCAUCACCGUAAAAAGGGUUGGUUUCGGUUCGGUUCGGUUCUUUAACAUGGCACCGGUUACUCGUAGAACCUCUUUCCCCAAAGUUCACAUUGAAAGAGACUCUGACUCUGAACAGAGUUCUUCUUCUGAUGAAGAAGAACCACUCGAAGAAGAAGGACCACUCGAAGAAGAAGAAAAUGGGGUUGUUGAAAAUGAAAAGAUUGAGAAACUGGAAGUGGGUUUUGAUGCUAAUAGAAAAGGGAAAACACCCAUUACGCUAACUCUCAGAAAAGUUUGUAAGGUGUGUAAGAAGCCUGGUCAUGAAGCGGGUUUUAAGGGUGCUACUUAUAUUGAUUGCCCUAUGAAACCUUGUUUUCUUUGUAAAACUCCUGGACAUACCACUUUGAAUUGUCCACAUCGGGUCACUACUGAGCAUGGUGUUGUUCCGGCACCCCGCAGAAAAACUUCUAAGCCUUUGGAGUAUGUGUUUGAACGCCAGCUAAGACAUGCCAUUCCUUCAAUCAAGCCCAAAUGUGUGAUUCCAGACCAAGUGAAUUGCGCUGUUAUCAGAUAUCAUAGUAGACGGAUAACAAGCUUGGAGUUCCACCCUACGAAGAAUAACAUCCUGUUGUCGGGAGAUAAGAAAGGACAACUUGGAGUCUGGGAUUUUGAGAAGGUUCACGAGAAAGUGGUCUAUGAUGACAAACACUCUUGUAUACUGAACAACAUGAAGUUUAAUCCUACAAAUGAUUGUAUGGUCUAUUCCGCAUCCUCAGAUGGAACCAUUAGUUAUACUGAUUUGGAGACUGGAAUGUCAUCCUCUCUGAUGAACCUGAAUCCUGAUGGAUGGCAUGGGCCAAACACCUGGAAAAUGCUUUAUGGUAUGGAUAUUAACUGCGAGAAAGGUCUUGUGCUCGUGGCCGAUAACUUUGGUUUUCUUCACUUGGUCGACAUGCGGUCCAAUCAUAGGAAUGGUGAUGCAGUUUUGAUCCAUAAAAAAGGUAGCAAAGUUACUGGUAUCCAUUGCAAUCCAAUGCAACCAGACAUCCUUUUGACUUGUGGAAAUGAUCAUUAUGCGCGCAUUUGGGACAUGCGUCGCUUAGAAGCUGGAUCAUCCCUCUGUAGCCUUGAGCACAAGCGUGUUGUUAACUCUGCAUAUUUCUCUCCAAUAACUGGAAACAAAAUUCUUACUACAUCACAGGACAAUCGUCUCCGUAUAUGGGAUUCUAUCUUUGGUAAUAUGGCAUCUCCCAGCCGAGAAAUUGUGCAUAGUCAUGAUUUCAAUCGCCAUUUAACACCCUUCAAAGCUGAAUGGGAUCCAAAGGAUCCAUCAGAGUCACUUGCUGUUAUUGGCCGUUAUAUAAGCGAAAAUUUUAAUGGCACAGCCCUGCAUCCUAUUGAUUUUAUAGAUACAAGUACAGGGCAGUUGGUAGCAGAAGUCAUGGACCCGAACAUCACAACCAUCAGUCCGGUGAAUAAGCUUCAUCCACGUGAUGAUAUCCUGGCAACUGGGAGUUCUAGGUCUCUGUUCAUUUGGAAGCCAAAGGAAAAAUCUGAGAUGGUCGAGGAGAAGGACGAAAGCAGAAUUGUGGUUUGUGGAAAAGCUGAGAAGAAACGUGGUAAGAAGAAAGGUGAUAACAGCGAUGAAUCCGAUGAUGAUGGAUUCAUUUCCAAGCUCAAGAAGCCCAAAUCCAAGCAGACUGAAUGGAAAUUGUCUCGCUGCUCGACAAAGGAUAAUCGCUAAAAUGUGCAUUUCAGUUUUUUGUGCGUGAAGGUUUUCUAAUCCAAACUGCUAAGUGCUAACCAUGUAUAGGUUACCACGCUCCCUUCUUUUGGUUUUUGGGGCUGGGGCAAUGAUUUUGUAUAAUAUGCAUGCGACUUCUCUUUUGGGGUACUAAUAGUAAUAGUGUAUAAUAUGCAUAAUAGAUUGGUAGAUGACUUCUCUUUGUAUAGGUUUUCUCUCAAGCUUUAGAUUGAGAGAUCCUAUCUUCACGCUUUUGUAUUUUAAUAUUUCUAUUAACGUCUUCAACUUCUUCCAUAUGGAUAAAAUUUGGUUGGCUUGAGAGAACUCA